UGCCUAGACAAGCUUGGAUUGAUGGGAAUCACCUGUGUUGGUGUUAGGUGUGCUUUAGAAUGAGUGCUCUAAGACGAAAGAGAUGUGUUUUAAGUAGCUAUGAAGUCCCGUGGGACUGGAGGAAGACCAGGAGAAUAUAGAGACCUCAAGGGGUACCCCGAACCCUAAAGUAGUAACCUCUCCUCAAGGUUAUGUUCUGAGCCUUCCUGGAGGUGCCCCCCCUUUCCCAACUACUGGGGAAGCUGAAAUCAAUCGUGUCUGUGAGGAGAGUCACAGGAUUUCCCAGAACAGAUUGGAAGGAGGAAGAACCCCAGCAAGAGCGGAAGCAGCCCUACUCCCCAGUUCUCCUUAAUGACCCAUAUGAAAUGCUUUGCUGGGCAUUGUAAUGUGAAGUCUUGAACUGUAUCUGCCAAGACUUGUGCCACUGCCACCUGGCCUUAAGAUUCCUAGUGCCAUAUUUGACGAGGGUCGGACUGCUGGCACUAGGGACUGGGGAAGGCAGAUCGGUCAAGUCUUGGACCACGUAAGCAAGAUAAACAGUGAGGAAGGGGUGACGGUGGGUAGCUGAUCCACCUCAGUCUCAGGGUAUCCGAAAACACCGGUGUGGUUUGCUAGCGGAACUCCAAGGACUUCUAUUCCAGGUGGCCAACCUUCAUUCGUCUUUUGGCCCAGGACCUUGGGCCGUACAUUAUCCAGAGCAGGACUGGAGAAUAAAAGGCUCUUCAGUGUGUGACAUGUACUAGGGAGGCCUGAGAAAUGUCUUUUCACCUGAGACAAGGCAACAGCGACAGACCAACGAGAGAAUCCCACCCAAGUGUAGUUGGUGAGCCAGUGAGGUGCAGGUAUUUACUGGAGCAUGGGUGACUCUUUCGCUGUGUCACCAAAAAGCCCACCACAGUGUAGGUGACAGCUCAUGAGCACGGGAUUGCUGGAGCUCCUUUCCCAACCUUACUAAGAGUCUACUUAAGGGGUUGGGGAUUUAGCUCAGUGGUAGAGCGCUUGCCUAGGAAGCGCAAGGCCCCGGGUUCGGUCCCCAGCUCCCCAGCUCCGAAAAAAAAAAAAAGGUCUACUUAAAUCUCCUCUCUCCCAGCAGUGGGCUCCUGGUCAUACAGCCUUUGGGACAGGAACAUGGAGGCUUUCCUGAGCUUCACAAGUUUCAAAUUUCCUUAACUUCCUGAGUCUUAGAGCUUCCCCCCAUCCAGGAGGAAAUGUUUCAAUUUCCAGGAAAUAACUCCGUACCACGCCUGUGGCUGCCAAGGUGAGUGGGAAAGAGAGAGUUAAGGCCCGGACAUGUACUGAAAGAAAGGGCCACUUCCUGGCUAAAUUUGUCCCUUCCCACUUCCACAAUGCCUGACCCGCCCUCACUAACCUUUCCCUCCAAGGCCACUGUGGCCUGACUCAGCCUUGAGCAUGCUGUUAAAUCACUCAUGCAUGGUAGGAAGGCAGGACAGGAUGGAUCCUGGGAGCUCAUGAUAGUUUGGUUGGUUGGUUUUUUUGUUUGCUUGUUUUGUUUUGUUUUCUUUUCUUUUGCUUUGAGACAGGGUUUCCUCAUUGUAACCAACCCUGGCUGUCCUGGACUAGAUCUGUAGAGCAGGCUGGCCUUGAACUCACAGAGACCCAUCUGAUUCUGCCUCCCCAAUACAGGGAGCAAAGGCAUGCACCACCACUGCCCCAGCGAGGGGCAGGAAGGAUCAGCUGGGUCAGAAUGAAGCACAGUAAGGGAAGUAGGUAUACAAGGUGUGGAGAGUAUGCAUCCAUACACUGACAGGAGCUCCCUUGCAGCAGGUCCCCCUAUAAAGUUUGUGCAACCCCAAACUAGCUACUACCAAAGGCCUAAAGCCCAUACAAACUCAUCAAUGGACAAACUCAGUCUUUGCUUGAAUAAUCGGUGGCCAGAGCUAGAGGGCAAGAAGUGCUCACAAUAGCUGCAGCAGAAGUCCAGGGCUGGGUUCCGAAGGCCUUAGAAGGCCUUCCAGGUAGGGCUUGUUCUGAGGCUGGGAUGUGGGGCAGGGGGUGGGGGUGGAGAUAGAGGUGGGAGUCUAGUGGUCUCUAUGGAGCAGGAAGCUGAGGAGGUGGAAAGACAUGCUGGAGGGGCAGAUAGCCUGUUGAGGGUUGAGCUCGACAGUAAAGAUGCGGUGAUCCUAGGCCACCCGAGGAUGUAACCUUGGUAGAAUGUCAGUUGGGAAGCCUACAGUCUGAGGGUGUGAGGGAAAUGAGAGAUCACAACUAGAACUGGAGAUGCCCUGGAUGAAGCCUUCAUGCCCUGACUAUGCCCUUCUCAGAGAAAGACACAGUGGAUCUGGACACAGAAGAGUCGAUGUGAAAAUAAAGCAGAGGGCUGGAGAGAUGGCUCAGCAGUUAAGAGCACGGACUGGGGGAGGGGGGAGGGGGAUGUUUGCCCGGAAACCAAAGAAUUAUUAUUAAGUAUUAAAUAAAUUAAAAAAAAAAAAGAGCACGGACUGUUCUUCCAAAAGUUCUGAGUUCAAAUCCCAGCAACCACAUGGUGGCUCAUGACCACCUGAAGUGAGAUCAGAUCCCCUCUCCUGGUGCAGCUGAAGACAGCCACAGUGUACUUCUAUAUAAUAAAUCUUUAAAAAGAAGAAUUUAAUUAGAAAGAAAUCUAUGCUAAAGCUAAUAAAAGACCAUGUGCAAUUUAAAAGUCUAAAAAAAAAAAAGCAGAGACUGGAGUCACAGCCCAGUGGCCAAGACCUUUGUUUUGGACUUCUGGUCUCCUGGUCUCCAGAACUAUAACAAAAUGAACUUGUUUGUUACAGUAACCAGAGAGGGCACACAGAGGCAAGAAGGACAAGGGCAAGGGCUGGAGAGAAACCUCAGGGGCCUUGAACUCAGAGGGGUAACCUAACCAUAAACACAUGGGACUGGGCUAAGGAAAGGAGAGUCCUGCUCAGUCCAGUCUGUGAGACAAAGACACCUGCGCCUCUAAGGGAGAAAUAUAGAGGCGCACACCUGCUCAUCAAGUAUUGCCCAAGCCCCGCCUCCAAGCCUAACCCCAGACAGACAGGUCUGGAGAGAGGCCAAGGGUAGGAGAGUGUGGAAGGACCAGAGUAAUUUAUGUUCCUAACACAAUCCAAAAAUCUAAGACCUGAGGCUCUCAAGGCCCCUGAUAAUUUGGUAAUAAAAAUAAAUUCAUUUGGAAAAGCCAGCAUCAGCUUCAGGAGCCUGUACUUCUGAUCUUAACAGGAACCCAGCCUCAACAACUGCUUUGCCAUGGCUGGUGAGUUCAUCUUACAGGCCAGCAUCAAGUGCUCAGGAUCUCCAGGAAGCAGGGGCCCACACAGGACAACUGCAAGGAAAGCCUCCCACUCCUGUCUGAUGGCAUCUGUCUGCUCCUGUCUGAUGGCAUCUGUCUGCUCCUGUCUGAUGGUAUGUCUGCUCCUGUCUGAUGGCAUCCAUGCCAACUACUGACCUCAGUACUUAGGGAAAGUGUUGGCGAGGCCAGAGCAGUGACUCCCACAGUAGGGUAUUCAGUAGAGGCCAAGAACUCCUUAAACAUUUUGUUGAGCUUUGUUCUCCCAAGCAGCCUCCCUGUGGGGAAGGGGAAGCAGGAAGAUCAAUGGACUGUCAUCAGUCUCCAUAUUUCCCUGAUUUGCUUGGUUUUCUUUCUUUUUUUUUUUUUUUGUUUUUUUUUUGUUUUUUGUUUUUUGUUUUUUGUUUUUUUUUUUUUUGGAGCUGGGGACGGAACCAAGGGCCUUGUUGCUUGUUUUUCAAGACAGAGUUUCUCUGUGUGCUGAGGCUAAAGGUGUGCGUGCUGUGCCACUAUGUUUUAAGAAUUAAUGUUGAUUCUUUGUCUUGUUUUCUUUUUCAGACAGGGUUUCUCUGUGUAUCCCUGGCUGUCCUGGAACUCCUUCUGUAGACCAGCCUCCGAAGCACCACCACCGCCAGGCCCCAGUUAAAAUUUAAGUAGCUCCCUGGCUGCCACAGGCUCUUCCUGGGGCUCUCUUUGAGGCGUGUGUGUGUGUGUGUGUGUGUGUGUGUGUGUGUGUGUGUGUGUUAGAACAGUGUUGUACUUUGAUGAAGAGAAUGAAUAAUCAUCCUCAACCUUUCCUGAACUUGGACAAAUGGAAGACGUUCACACGCCCAUCCAAAAGUCAAAAAAAAAAUUCCAUGAAUAAUCUAUGGAAAAAGUAAGCCAGGUAAACAGAGGUUGAGGAGUGAGUAAAAGGGAGAGCCUGGCUCAGUCCCAGUCAAGGUCACCUCCAAUACCAGUCAUUCAGAACCACCUGUUAGGGGACUGCUCAGAGUGAGUGAGGGGCUGGACUUCAGGAUUCUUCCUGAGUCUGGACUGACAACUUUUCAGUGGGGUUUCUAGAGUGGCUGCCCUAUGUCCCAUCCUUGAGCCUUGACACAUAGUUUAACUACACUCACAAUCCUGGCCACUACGGCUGACUGGAAUAGAUACUUCAGUCGCAACCGCAAACAGGAACCAUGCUUAGCCCUGAGCGGCAUGAUGUAGUUUGGGACAGAGCAGCCUAUGCAGUCCUUGAACUAGCUGCUGGCAACCAGGCAUGGGCGUCUCGGACAUUUUUCUCAGACAGUCCCUGUGAGAAAUGGACGUCUUCAAACCCCCACGCAAGGUGACCAUCAGAGGAAUAUCCUAGUCCGUGCACUCGUUGCUUCGAAUUUCAGUUCACUGAUCACUGACUGCCUCCUGCUAUCCUAUCCGUGGACCUCGAGCUGUUGCUAGCCGCCUCAGCGUCACACAAAGCUCAUCUGAGCUCCAGAUGUCCCAGAUCAGAGGAGUCUGGGUUCCUCAAGCUCCAUUCAGUUACCACCCACAACGUCCACGCUCACAGGGCUUGGUUCGUUGAGCCUCAGGACCCGACCGCGGUCUCAAGCUUCCAAGAGAUCGCAACUGCUGUGGUUUCCAUAGCGCACAACCAAAUCUUGGCUGUCUAUAAAUCUUCGGCACCCAGAUUUUCUCGCUUCCCACGGACGCCAGCAACACUCUGGGACCCGGUGGGAUAUCACGUCCAGCAAAGUCUUGUCAACAGUCAGCGCACAAUAGAAAAGACGCAUGCGCGGUACUGUUACUUGAGCAUGCUUGCGACACAAUUCGUAUGUCGUACAGACCAGCACUUUACUCAACAGCGCCGCUGGUGUAGUGGUAUCAUGCAAGAUUCCCAUUCUUGCGACCCGGGUUCGAUUCCCGGGCGGCGCAUGUUCGUUUUUCUUUUUCUUCCCUGUUUAUCUCUGAAUGCCUUGCAAUCUGAACGCCACUCCUAAAAAGAUGAGGGGCAAACGCAAUAAAUGAAUGUUCAAAGUGACCAACAUGCUGAAAACAAAGCGAAAUUGAAAGACUCCAGGAGACGACAGCCUUUACUCGAACCUUGUUCCCUGUACGAAGUCACCGCCAAACCCACCCGCCGGAAUCAGUCUCUUGCGGGUGCCGAUCCUUUUAGGAGUUGAGAGGCCACCUGACAGCUAUACUGCUGAAGGCGGUUGUCCGUACGACCACAACUCCCGUAGUGCUCCGCGCAAGAGCUGGACUACAGUUCCCGUGGUGCCCCGCGCGCAUCCCAAACUGGGCUGGCCCCUCCGCCGCGAUGAUGGUGGCUGCGGCUGCUGAGCGAAACAAGGAACCCAUCCUGUGCGUGCUCCGCCAGUAUGUGGAUCCUGCCCAGCGCGGCGUUCGCGUGCUCGAAGUGGCCUCGGGCUCCGGACAGCAUGCCGCACACUUUGCACGGGCCUUCCCGAACGCCGAGUGGCAGCCGUCGGACGUGGACCAGCGCUGCCUGGACAGCAUUGCCGCCACCACCCAAGCCCAAGGGUUGUCCAAUGUGAAGGCUCCGCUGUACCUGGACGUGACCUGGAAGUGGGAGCAAUGGGGCGGGAUCCCACCGCGAUCGCUGGACCUGUUGCUCUGCAUCAAUAUGAUCCACAUCAGCCCCCUGAACUGCACUGAGGGGCUCUUCAGAGCAGCAGGACACCUGCUCAAAACCAAGGCUGUGUUGAUCACCUAUGGGGUUCUCAAGACAUGGAGGACAGAGAAGGAAGAAGAGAAGGGGGAAGAUGGGAACAGGAAGAAGGAAGCUGAAUUGCCAUUUCUGAAAACUCAGGCUAGUUCCGGGUCCUACAGAGACAAAGGGUGGCAGAAAAGGACUCCCAUACUUGUACUCAGACCUCCACUACCCGUGUGGUUCAAAGAACCGGAACAAAAUCCUCCUGUCUGCCUACUUCCCAUACCCUGGUUGUGCUAAAAUGCUCACUGCCAGAUGCCAGUGGUACUGGUGUCCUCAGCAAUGCCCUAUGUAUCAGCACGCAUCCUCUCCUACUCCCCUUGAAGGGCACAGCACCUGACCACACACUUCCUGAUCUAAUGGAAGUGACCCACGGCCGGCUGGGCAGUACCUCCUGCUGGCACUGUUGUGUCAGGCCUGUCUUAUUGCUUCCUUAUACUAAGCCAGAGGGACCCACUCAUUUUCUCAGGAGUCAGCACAGGACUAUAGGAAUUAAGACAUCAUUUCAGGACUCAACCAUAUAAACAUUGGAGUUUGGCCAUUGGUAAGGCUUAAAGGGAUUCAACAGAGCCACAAAACAGUGUUAUAUGUGACAGGUGACAAAAGCAAGGCCAGUGGCCUUUGUGCUAUGUACAAGACCCAGACCCAAGGGAUACCGAAGGGCAGGAGAGCAGCAAAGCCUGUCCUGUAAGAUGGCUUGUCCCAUUGGCGGUGGCUCGGGGAAGCACUGCUGCGUUUCUGUAGGAAGCCACCAUCUCAUAGCUAUCAGCUCCACCCAGCACGCACACGGGACCAGGCAGGAAUGAAUUCAGGGGCUUGUACCAAGGGCAAAGCCACAGGAUAUGCCUGGUACCUCAGAUACAAACUAAGAUGUGUGCAGGGAGUGCGCUCAGCUCCUCUCAGCCAGGAGACAGCCACCAGAACUUCUGGGAAUAACAGGCAGUAUAGAAACAGACCAACGGGAUGCUUUGGGAAUGAUUCAAAAGAAUGACACAGACACUGCUUUCUAAAGAUUUUAGACUGGCAAAGACAGAGUCCCACAUACUGAGCAGACAGGUUCUCGUUACCUCAUUCCUCAUGGCUGCUCAUUGCACAGCACCAACCCCAGUCAGGCCAUCUCUGAGCCGCUGCUCUCACUUCCCCCAAUAACCUUUAGUGUUGUCACCCAAAGCCAUCAUCUCUCACAUCCUUUCUGUAAAGUUAUUUUUUGGUAAAAUCUUUAGAUGUAAUUGUGUGUAUGAAUAUUGUAUCUGUGUUUAUGGUUGUGCAUCAAGUGCAUGCCUGGUACCCAUCAAAGUCAGAGGAUGACUUGAGAUCCCUUAGAGUGUGAGUUAAGGAUGGUUGUGAGUCAUCAUGUGGAUGCUAGGAAUCAAACCCAGGUCCCUACAAAGCAACAUGCACUUUUAACUACUGCAGCAUCUCUCAAGCCCCUCUUUUUGGUUUUUAAAUUCAAAAUUAUAUGUAUUUACUGUUUAAAAAAAAAAUCUAAAAGUGGGGUAGUGGUGGCACAUGUCUUUAAGCCACCCCUGGGAGUCAGAGGCAGCGGGAACUCUGUGAGUUCAAGGCCACCGUGGUUUACAGAGAGAGGUUUAAAAAAAGUUCCAGGACAGCCAGGGCUUCAGAGAGAAAUCCUGUCUCAAAAACAACCACAAGAAAUCUGAAACUGCUGCUGAGCAAAAGGAAGGCGAUGUCUACAAACCGAGGACUUGCUGCCAAGCCUGGAGACCAGAGUUCUGACGCCCGGAGGAAGCCAACUCCCAAAGGCUGUGCAAUGAGCCCCACACUUGCCUUACUAUGUGCUUGUGCAUGCUCUUUCUCUCUCAACAUGAGGGAGAGAGGGAGGCAGGGAGAGAGGGAGGCAGGGAGGCAGGGAGGCAGGGAGGCAGGAAGGCAGGAAGGCAGGAAGGCAGGAAGGCAGGAAGGCAGGAAGGCAGGAAGGAAGGAAGGAAGGAAGGAAGGAAGGAAGGAAGGAAGGAAGGAAGGAAGAGGGCAGAGAAUGGUGGCUCGUGUAUGGAAUUCCAGCAGUUGAGAGGCUGGAGAAGGAGGGUCCUUUAGAGUUUGAGGCCCAUUUGGGCUAUAACGUGAGAUCCUGUCUCAAAAAUCAGGGAGAGGAGUUGUAGAGAUGGCUUAGUGACUAAGAGCACUGACUGCUCUUUCAAAGAAUCCAGAUUUGAUUCCCAGAACCCACAGAGCAGCUCAGAAUCACCUAUAACUCCAGUCCCAGGGGAUCUGAAGUCCUCUUUUCAUGGCUACCAAGCAUACAUGUGGUACACAGUCACACACACAGGAAAAACACCCAUUCACAUAAAUACAUCGUCAAAAGGAAAGAGAAGCGAGGAAGGGCCUGCAGAAUCCAUCCUUAGCCUAGUGCUCAUCAGUGCCUCACUCCGUCUGAAAGGAACCACACUUCAGACCAUGCUUCUGCCUUCAGGGUCUACCCCUUUGUUCCCAAGGCAGUCCCUGGCUGGCCAGAGCUGGGGUCUGAGCCGGGGGAGUUCUCUAGGCUCUUCAGAAGUCUGGGGGUGCAUCACAAUGGAAAUGAACUUCCAUUCACACCUUUCAUGUGGCAGCAAGCACAGGAUCUAAAGCAGUUCUAUCCACACAGGUCUUGCCUACUUCCCCAUCUUCUGAUUUCAGAGUGAUAAAGUAUCAGAGAGCACGUGGGAUCCCAGGAACAGCUAUCCAUACCAUGGGUGGCACAGGAACCCAUGGUGUUCUUCUGCAGGCAAGACAAGAUCCCCAGAGCCUGUUUCCUGACCAGAGAAUCAUCUGCAGCCCAUCUUUAACAUUCCCAAUGUGCAGAGUUCUAACGUGUGAUACAGCCCAGGUCACCUUCACAUCCAGUCACACCCCUUAGGAGGUACCCGGCUCUGUGCGUGAAGGAGAUAUGGAGAGAUACCUUUGUUUUUUUAUCGAAACAGACAGCUUAGCUGCAAUUUAAUGGCAUGGAGAGGCCACUGCAGUGACUAAGCUCGGGGCUCAUCCUGAGGGAUCAUGAGAACAGGAAGGACUCAGGCAGGGACACUAGAGACUCAGUUGGCUCCCACAUAGGCAAUCCAGAAAUGGAGGCUCCAAAGCUUGGGAUUAUUUUUCCUAUACAGAUGGGCUUUGGGAGACCUUUGUCAAAACACUAGGGAAAAGAGCAGAGGUGCAGCUCAGCCAUGGAGCCCUCAUCUAAUAGGCUCAUCCCCAGCUCUGUAAGAACAGGAACCGCAAGAGAGUAAAGUACUCAUGAACAGUCAGGACAGCAGUCUAGGUUCAGAAAGAAUCAAGAGAGGCACGUACUGGACAACAGCAUAAUACGGGGCUGGUCUUACCUGCGCACCCCUCGAGUAGGACCUGAAGAUGGUACAGAACCUUCCCUGGCCCGAAGUAUCCCUGAAACACACAGAGUUGGGUGGGGGCGGAUCAGUCCCAGUAUGAGAGGUACCAUCCACAUCCACAAUUGUUUUUUUUUUUUUCUUUUUUCCUUUUUUUUUUUUUUUUUUUUUUGAGACUGAGUCUCACUGUAUAGUUCUGACUAGAAUUUGCUACAUAAACCAAGUUGGUCUUGAACUCAGAGCUUUUUGCCUGUCUCUACCUCCUAAGUACUGGUUAUUACUCAGGCAUGCAUAUACCUGGUUCCUUUUCAAUAUUUAGUUCUAUGUGGAUGAGCAAUCCAUGCAAGCCUCAUGCCCAUGAGAGGCCAGAAGGUGUUAGAUCCACUAGAACGGGAAUUAGCGAUGGUUGUGAGCUGCCAGAUGGGGCACUGGGAACUGAACCUGGGUCCUCUAGAAGAGCAGCAACAAGAGUUCUUAGUAACCUAUGAGCGUCUCUCCAGCCCCACAGAAACAAGUUGUUAUGAGUAAAAUUGGAGGAGGCGUUAAAACAUCCUGGACCUUUUCGUUGUGUUCAUUAUGGAGAAGGGUCCCAUUUGAGCAGGGUCUGUUUAAAUGGUUACUGCAAAUAAGGGGAGUCCUCACUUGGCUUCCACGCUGUCAUCAGGUUACCAACUCACCAUAGCUCCAGCUUGACACGCCGUCCAUCUAGUAGGAUGGUGGUAGUCUUAUAGUCUAUUCCUGUGAGGAAGCAGAGGGGUGAGAGUGUUCAUCAGUAACUGCUUCACUGAGGUCUUCCUGCCUAGCACUUCCUCAAAUCCCGCAAUGACCCCUGGGGAGCAGAAGGAGGGUGCUCACUGCCCUUGGCUAUGGCUUUCUCAGGCACCAGCCUAGCUCAUGCUGUAUGGCAGCCAUGGGCAAGGCAGAAGCCCAGGUCAGAUGGGGCAUCAGAUACACUCAGGCCACACCAGUUUCUCUAAAGGCUCUGGGCCCAGAAUGCCUGGAGGGAAAUGGUUCGCUCCCACUGUGACAUGUCCUUCCUAUAGAUUCUAAGUUGAACCCUCAAAGAAUAACGUACUUCCUAAUUCUUGGAUCAUCAACAGGAAGGUAUUUACUUAUUUACUUACGGUUUUUACCUGUUUUGUUUUGUUUCCAGAUAGGGUUUCUCUAUGUAGCCUGGCUAUCCUGGAACUCCCUCUGUAGACCAGGCUGGCCCCAAACUCUACGAAUCUCCCUGCCACUGCCUCCCAUGUGCUGGGAUUAAAAGUGUUUGCCACCACUGCCUGGCUACUUAGCUUUUAGAGACAGGGUCCCAAGAAGUAGCCCAGCCUGGCCUUAAGCUCAUUAAAUCUCCUGCCUAAGCACCUGAGGAUUACAAAUGAACCCUUCUACACAGGACUAACGUAAUUUUUAAAAUGCUGCUCCCUACACCAGUCCCUAGAGAACUUAUGCUUUCUCUGACUUGAAAGUUUGUUUGCUUUAUAGUUUCACAUUUUUAUGAAAAAUAAAAAAGGUCACCCCAAUAGAUGUUGGUGGUAUCAAGCCUUUAUGGUCGGGGAGGGCAGGGGCAAUGGCCUUACUAUGUAGCAGAAGCUGAUGACCCUAAACAAUGAUGCUCCUCUCUCACCCUUAACACCUUAAAGGCGUGUUGGGGAUUUGGCUCAGUGGUAGAGCGCUUGCCUAGCAAGCACAAGGCCCUGGGUUUGGUCCCCAGCUCCGAAAAAAAGAAAAAAGAAAAAAAAAAAAAAAACAAAAAAAAACACACCACCUUAAAGGCACCGGUUUCUUACUUUUCAUAUAUAUAUGAAUAUACAUAUUGCAAUCCAGGUGUGGUGAUACAUAUCUGUAAUCCCACUUGAGAGGUAGAAGCAGGAUCAUCAUUUAGAACGCAAAGUCAUCUUUAUCUGCACAGUAAAUUCAAGCUUGCCUGAUCCACAUGAAACCUUGUCUAAAACAGAAUAAAGUUUUGGUCCAAGAGAUCUUGGAAAUGGGUGUUUUAGAAUGCAUAGGUCUCACUCUCACAGAAUUUGGUGUACUAGUGCAGGUAUACAUCCUGGUGAGUAUAUAUUGAUGUCUGUGUGCCCAUGUCCCUGUGCAGGAAGACAAUACCUUCAGGCAUCAGGUGCUCCUUCUGAGCCAUCUUCUGCCUAGUCAACUAGUAACUGCAUCCAAACUAGGUUCUCAUGCAUUAAAGGACACUACAAUAGAGUGAAAAAUUGCAACAUACAGAAUAAAAGAAAAUAUUUGCAAAUUACACAUUUUAUUAGGACUGAAAGUUCUAUAAAAAAACCCUUCAACUCAAUAAUAAAACUCAACUCAAAAUGGACAAAGCCAUAUCCCUGCCAAAGACACGGACAGCAAUGGACAGCAAUGGUGCCAAGCACAAGGAAUUGUUCUGUACAAUUGCACUAUUGGCGGGGCGGCCACCAGGAAAGGAAACCAGAACCCUGUGCUUGCUGAGCACUGCAUGCUGGAUUAGAUGGCUAGACUCAAAACAGACGGCAAGGUGGAGACGCACCGGGACCUUUCUGCUUUGCUAGGCAUAGCGGGUGGUGCGUGGGGAGGGGGUGCUAUAAAAUAAUGACUGCACAGUGCACAAAUAGCAGGUGCUACUGAGCUGUGUAUCUGAUAAAUAUUGUUAAGACAUGCUUUAUGCUUUCUGAGACAGUUUUACUUUUUCUCCUCCUCCUCCUUCCUCUCCCCCCUCCCCCUUCCCCUCCCCCCACUCCUCCUCCCCCGCAUCCAUUUUUUUUUUUGUUUUUGUUUUCCCAGACAGUUCUGGAACUAGCUCUAUAUACCAGGUGUCCUUAAACUCACAGAGAUCCACCUGCUUCUGCCUCCCAAUCACUGAGAUUAAAGGUGUGCACCACUAAUGCCCAGUUGAGGCAAGGUUUUCUAUGAAGUCUGGCUGGCCUGGACUUUGUUACGUAGUUGGCUUGAAAUUUGUAGCAAUCCUCCUGCCUCUGACUACUCUGUUUCUAUGACAUAAAGUAAGGGUACUGCACACACACCCACAAGACUGAGAGCUGCUUUACCCUUUCCCUACUUUUCCCUAAGCUCCCCAGGAAGAAGCUCAAUGCUGGCAACUGCAGCUUCCAAGAGAAGCUUGUGAGGACACUAUUGCAGUGAUUUUAUUUUUAUUUGAUAAAUGUCACUCACUCACUCACUCACUCAUUCAUUCAUUCAUUCAUUUUGAGGCAGAGCCUCACUAUGUAGCUCUGGCUGGCCUAGAACUCAUUAUGUAGACCAGGCUGUCCUUGAACUAAAGAGAUCUUUCAUAAAGAUAGCCUGCCUCUACUUCCCAUGCUGGGAUUAAAGUGCACACCACCACACUUUAUACUAAUUUUUGAUUGGCUUCUUUGAGAAAGAUCAGCAGGACCUGCAGCAUAGCCUUCCUUGACUGUGAUCUGGACUCCCCAGUCCUAUCCCUGAGGAAAGCAACUGCCUGGCUACCAAGCUACCCCUAGAUGGUGCUGUGGCCCCAGGCCUGCAGCAGCUGCAACAGAACAAUGGAUGCCUGGGAAGAACAUUCAAAGAGACCUUGGUAGUCACUAACAGACCUGUCAACAACAUAAAGAACUAUGUCGAUGAACCUGUCAACUGUUCUCAGUUGGGUUCUGAGCUGGUCCUUGCCACUGACCUGGCUGUGUGACACUCACAGGCCUCCCCAGCCAACAACAUACCUGCCUUUUAGAAUGAAAUACAUUUGCAUCACCUUAGUAGACCUAUAGGAGCGCCCUGAAAGCUGCUAAUACAGAGAUGGUUUGCAGCUCUGGGAACCAGGUCAAGCAUCUUAAGAGUGGAGCUGACCCUGGAAGUGGAGGGAGCAGGGCCUGCUCUGUAGCCACUGGCCUGCUUCAUAUACACCUAGGUGUUCCUUGUUCAGCCAGGAAAUAUGAGACACAGUCAUCAAUCAGCUGGCCAGUGAAUCAGCCUAUCCCCAUCAGGUUUUAAAUAUAAGACACAGUCAUCAGCUGGCCAGUGAAUCAGCCUAUCCCCAUCAGGUUUUGAACAUGAGACACAGUCACCAGCUUUUUAAAUAAUGGGAACUCAGUGUAGAGCACAGCAGUAAAACAUGAUUUGCAUACACAAGGCUGGUUCCACUCCUAGUACCCUUCCCCACAGGUAGGAUUUAUUCAAAAUAAACCAAUGACCUGGGCAGGGCAGCACACACCUUUAACCCCAGCAGUCAGAAACAGAGGCAAACAGAUCUCUGAGUUCAUGACCAGCCUUGUGUACAUAAUUCCAAAACAACCAGGACUUAACAUAGAUCCUGUCUCAAAAAAGCAAAACGAAACAGAAAUCAGCUGUCAAGAACCAGUGUGAUGGGGCUGGAGAGAUGGCUCAGUGGUUAAGAGCACUGACUGAUCUUCCAGAGGUCCUGAGUUCAAUUCCCAGCAACCACAUGGUGGCUCACAACCAUCUGUAAUGGGAUCCAAUGUCCUCUUUUGGUGUCAUGAAGACAGCGACAGUGCACCCAUUAAAAAAUAAUAAUAAUAAAAAAAAUAAACCAACCAAACAACAAGAAAACCCCAACAACAAGAAAACCCCAACAGUGUGAUGGCACAUGCUUGUACACAAUCACAGUGAUUGUGAGCGAAAGGCAGCCUGGGCUACAGUAUGAUCCUCUCAAAAAGAAAAGGAACAACCAAGCUCUGUGGUGCUGCGUAACUAUCAGUGAAUGUGCAUUACACAAACCCACAGAGCUAGACCUUCAGCUCUCCUGGCAGACCUGGGCUUGAGGAGAUCACAAGGGUCACAGCAGUGGCUUUGCAUCAGCAUCUUAUAAGCACACACACACACCUUUUUUUUUUAAGUUGAAAAAAUGAAAACCGCUUUCCUCACCCUGCAAAGCAUCUUUACCUAGACUUCUAGUCCUCCAGCCUGGUUAAUCUACAACCCAAAGCCAUUCAAGAAAUUAAGAGUCCCCAAAGUUUCCUCCAGAAGCUUCUGGACCCUUCUCCCCAACAGGACUGGAGGACUCGGUGAUUUUAAUGUCUUAGCGCUCAGUUCAGUGAGGAGGACCUCACUAGGUCCUCUGUUCAUCACACAGUCUGAAGGGGCUCUACAUCAAGCAGCCACAGCAAGCAAAGGCCAGUAGAAGUGAAUGCUUGGGGGUCUAAUGACAGCCCACAUUAAUGUGCUAAGCCAAGAUACCAGAGAAAGAGCCCUUGGCUUAGUAGGGUUCUAAAAGGAGCAAUUAUCCAAAGCUUGAGGGUAAGUAGGUCCUGAGAAGGAGGGAGCACAGAGGUGGAGGGAUGCAGUAGAAGAGGCAGAGCAGUGACCUGGAAGAGGUCUAAACCAGACCCAAGGGAGACAGCAGGCAUGUGGGCCCAGUCUGGCAGAGCUAUAGGCAAGCUCAGGUCUGAACGUCACUCUCAUGAGUGGGUGGUGUCGGCAGGAUGCCAUCUAUGAUAACUCUCUUUCAGCACCAUUCAUUUUCCCUUCUGUCUAAAAAUAUUUUUCUUUUUAAUCAGCUAAGACAAGCCCCGUGAGGACCAGCUUUGCCCUCAAGCCCCAGACCAUCUGCUGAGCCAGUCACUACCCGUGAUCUGAAAGCUUCCCCUAAUGGCUUGGCUCUGUCCUCAUAGCCCUCUUGCUCAUCUGAACCCAAUUCUUAAUUUUAUGGGAUAUAUACCGAACAGGGAAACUGAGGCAAGGAGGUCAUAACACUUGCUCUGCUCAUGAGAAUAAAAACAUUGGCGGGGGUCCUAGCUGGGUCUACCAUUCAUUGUUCAAGUUUAUAUGAGACCAGAUCUCACAAAGCUACCCUUGACCCCUGCCCAGCGCCCUGCUGCUCCCCCCCUUUCCCUCUAACUGUUCUCAGGCUGUCUCCUCUGCUUAGCGAUGGCUGUGACCCCUGUCCUCAGUGCUUUCAUCUGCCAGCAUUGCUCUACACGCUUAGACCCUGUCCUCCUGCCCUGCUGGUCAGAACGACUGCUAAGAUAACUGUCAGCUUUCUCAUCUUUCCCCAUCAGGAUUGCCUUUAUAUUCUAUUUUCUGGGAGAGUUCCUUAAUUUUAUUUUCCAGCCUUUUCCACGAUCUCCAUUGAUCUGUAAUUUUUAGACGCUCUUUGGGGGUGUCUAGCUAGCCUGCCAAUGGGGCAGGAAGCUGGUCUUUGUUCUCAGAAGUGUGGUGAGAUGUCUGAGCUCUCUGGAGCUCCCAGGGUCUUCUAUCUACUUACAUCUUUUUUCACCAUUGAUGAGGUGGUUGUCCCUCUGAUCCCCAUGAAAGCCCCCAAGAAGCUGCAGAAGGCUCUGUGACUCUGGCUUGAGAACUAGGGCUUGUCGAGGAGCUGCUGUACUGUGGGUGCCUCUGAAACUUUUCUAAUAAGGUUUUUUUUUUUUUUUUUUGGUUCUUUUCUUCGGAGCUGGGGACCGAACCCAGGGCCUUGCGCUUCCUAGGCAAGCACUCUACCACUGAGCUAAAUCCCCAACCCCGCUCUGAAACUUUUCUUUCUUUCUUUUUUUUUUUUUGGUUCUUUUCUUCGGAGCUGGGGACCGAACCCAGGGCCUUGCGCUUCCUAGGCAAGCGCUCUACCACUGAGCUAAAUCCCCAACCCUCUGAAACUUUUCUUGAGCUGACAGUGUGCAAUGAAGACCAGACACUUGUUUCAGGAUCCUGUCUGCCAUUGCUGGCACCAGGGGGCGCCAAGUCCCCCCAUUCAGAAUGGACUUGCGCUAAGAGGACUGUUAUUUAUUAGCUCCUUGCUUCUCUCCACCCUCAUGCACCCGGUGGUGUCUGGUGUCCAUGGCUCUAUUCUCUAAGAGAAUAAGCCUCCUGUGUCCCCUGGUAGAGAGGGACUUUUGACAUGCCAGCCUCUGGGCACCUGCUCUGAGUUCAACAGGAUCCUUGUGAUCCAACCCCUUCACCCAGCUAUGGCUGCAUAUCCUGCUUCCUAAACCAGCAGCCUCUUGUCUUACAGAUCUAUGUUUAAUUUUUUCAUUUAUUAAUUUUGUGUAUGAGGGGUGGGGCAUGAGCAUGUCACAGCAUGCAUAUGGAGGUCAGAGGACCACAUGGAGGAGUAAGUCCUCUCCUAGAGAUCAAACUUAGGUUGUCAGGUUUAGUGGUACUCCACAUGCUGAGCCAUCGGCUGGCCCCAGAUUUAUGUGUUUUUUUUCAAGACACUUUACUAUUACUUAGUGGGCAAUUCUCAAGAAAGUGGCAACUCGUUUAACAGCAGAGUUCCUCAGUCAUUGUUUUCAAGUACUGAAGGGGCUUAAGUACGCCACUGCUGCCUGGUCCUGAUACGCAGGUGGUGAAGGAGGCCAGGAGGUGGGCUCAGUGGGGAUAAGUGCCUGACAGCCUCUGUCGAGGUGGAAAGGGAGAAGGAUUCCACAAAGAUGCCCUCUGACCUCCACACACGUGCCUUGGCAUGUACCCACACCCACGAAUUAACGAUAAAUAAAGCUUUAAAAUUUUAAAUUAAAGGGGUUGGGGAUUUAGCUCAGUGGCAGAGUGCUUGCCUAGCAAGUGCAAGGCCCUGGGUUUGGUCCCCAGCUCUGAAAAAAAAAGAAAAGAAAAAAAAUUAAAUUAAACACACCUUUAAUCCUAGCACUUGGAGGCAGAGCCAGGUGAAUCGCUGUGUGUUCAAGGCCAACCUGGUCUAUACAGUGAGUUCCAGGCUAGCCAGGGCUACACAGUGAGACCCUGUCUCAAAAGAAAACAGAAGAGGCAGGAGAAUGAAUGAAUGAGUAAAUAAAUGUGGAGAGCAAUCCAGGUAAGACAUGUGAUGUCAACCUCUGGCAUAUACAUCUGAAUGUACACAUAUACACAUAUUACUAACACAAACACGUACAUUGACCACAAAGAUUCUAAACACUCCCUUGAGGGCAUAUGGCUCAGCAAUUUGGCUAGGCUGGCAAGCCAAGGAGCUUCAGGAAUCCACCUAUCUUGGCUGCCCGGACUCCCUCACCUCAGUUCUGGAGUUAAAGGCGUACACUACCUUACCUGGCUUUUUAUGUGGGUUCUCAAGAUCCAAACUCAGGUCCUCAUGCUUGUGUACUAGACCUUUACCCCAUCUCCCCAGCCCUUGGGGGACAUGGGGGCAAAGGCACCACUAUUAUAACCAUGACUGUUCUGAAGCUUGGGGAAUGUGCUAAUGCCCACGAUCAAGCAAGUGCCUGGGUAGGCUGCCUUCUUCCUCCUCCUCCUCCUCUUCUUCCUCCUCCUCCACCAUCACCACCACCACCACCACCCCUUUUUGAGACAGGGUCUUACCAUAUAGCCCAGGUUAGCUUUGAACACUUUAUCUUACCUCAAUGACAGGUGUGUGCCACCAUGCCCAAUUCUAGCCAACUAAUCACACAGCUAAGACACUACAAACUGUAUGUAGGUCAGCCCUGUCUAUUGUGAAACAGGAGAACAAUCUUGUUUCCUUAGGAUUUUACCAAGAGUUGCUAGCCAUGCUAGGAAAGAUCCCACGGCUCCUGUAACCCUGGCACAGGUGUGCCUCACCUGUAACCCUGACACAGGUGUGCUUCACCUGCCACCUUUCAGGUCUGUAACAGCUGAACCUCAGCACUUACUUUUAGUAACUGUUUUUUUUACCAACUGCCAUUUUCUUUGUGAACUAUUUUGUUUGUUUGGUUUGGUUUUUCAAGGCAGAGUUUCUCUGUAUAUUCCUAGCUAUCCUGAAACUUGCUUGUAGACCGGGCUGGCCUCAAACUCAGUGAUCUGCCUGCCUCUACCUCCCAAGUGCUGGGUUUAAAAGUGCUACCCCACGUUGGGGAUUUAGCUCAGUGGUAGAGCGCUUGCCUAGGAAGCUGGGUUCGAUCCCCAGCUCCAAAAAAAAAAAAAAAAAAAAAAGAACCAAAAAAAAAAAAAAGUGCUACCCCAUGUGGCACUUUAGGAACUGUUCUGUACAUAUGUAUUUAGGACAUUUAAGCCAGUACACAUGCACUGCUUGAAUAUUGUUUUUCAACACAAUAAAUGAGAUACUACAAAGCACUGUCAAAGAGCAGCCCUGAGUUAGGUAGAACUGAGGGUCACAUCUGUAGGUUCUAGCCUAAAGCUGCAGUCCAGAGACUCCCAAAUCCCAUUUCCCUACAGCUGGUCUACGCAACCAGCCCUUCAAGAUGGCUAACGAUAAAUCAAAACACAUGUAAGUUCCAAGCUUGGAGGUGUGAAGUCUGUUUCAGGAGGCCAGAUAAACAGACCGUCAAAAUUACCUGGCUGCUGACUCAAUUGCUUCUCAAAGGGUUACUUCAUAUAUGGAAGCAGGCAAAACCAAGUCACCAGUUGGGCAAGUGAUGCAUGCCUAUACAGUAACCCCAUUAACAGCCCAGCCAGGAACAACUGGGAGUUCUAAGCCAGACUGGUGACAGAAUGAGAUACUAUCUUGAAAAACAAAACAAAACAAGGGACUAGAGAUAUGGCUCAUCAGUUAAAAACACUGGCUGCUAUCCUGGAGCACCAGGGUUCAAUUCCCAGCACCCAUGGGAUAGCUCACAGCAGGGUGUAAAUCCAGUUCGGGGUGGGGGAGGCCCAACACCCUCUUUUGGCCUCUACAGGAGCUGCACAUACAUUAGUACACGUUCAUUCAGGCAAAACAUCUGGACACAUAACAUUUUUUUAAAAAAUUAAAGUAGGUCACUAAAGUACCCAAUAUCUAUAAUGAGAACUUUAAACUGUGAUUUGCUGGUCUGACCUUGCUUUUGGAGACCAUUUCUCAGGACCUUAAAAUACCGAGGACUCACAGCAGAAGGCCAGGUACUGUGAGCCAUGGCAAGGCCAUCUGAGUACAGUCCCUCUGCUCACAUGGCCAGUCUGUCAAGAACAACUUCCAGCAAGCAGCCACUGUUCUGCAGGGCGGUAAUCACCUGACACUGCAGAGCAAACUGGAAGCCACGUCUCCGACCCCCAUUUGUUCCCACUGCCAUCAGUCAGCAAGGCACAUUUAUAUACACAUAUAAAUGUUUUAUAUAUUUCUAAAUUUUAAGUUGUGAAAAUUAGCAACUUCAUAUUUUCACACUCAAUAUUGUAAUAUCUCACUUUUCAGAUUAUAAGAUUCAAAUCCUUAUGGAGAAGUGGUUACAUUAAACUUGUAAUUACCCAGUUUCCAACUUGGCUAAAAGCUACAAGACCUGAAAAACACUCAUGACAAGCUGCACAGUGGUGGCACAUGCCUUUGAUCCCAGCACUUAGGAGGCAGAGGCAGUCAGGUCUCUGAGUUCAAGACCAGCCUGGUCUACAGAAUGAGUUCUAGGACAGGCAGGGAUACACAAAGAAAUCCUGUCUGGAAACACACACACACACACACACACACACACACACACACACACACACACACACACACACACUCUCUCUCUCUCUCUCUCUCUCUAACAACAAAACAUGAGUUAUUAAAAUUAUUGCAGAAAAGACAUUUGGCUUUUGGUUAUUUAGUUGGUUGGGUUUUUAGUCCCCUGCCCCUAUCCACAACAGAUUUUUUUCUACUUAAAGCAAAUUUAGCUUGGAAUAGUGGCUCAUGCAUGUAACACCAGCACUUAGGAGGUUGAGGCCACAGGAUGACAUUUGAGGCCAGCCUAGGUUACAUGGUAAGAACUUAUACAACACCCAAAAGAACAAAAGCAAAUUCAUUGGACAAGGACAAGGACUUAUGAAAAUAUGUGGUCAGAAGGGUAACAGUUCCCAAGGACUAAGCACCCUAACUACUAGUGUCUUCACAGGGCAAAAAAGAACUCAGCAGCUGGGAUUAAGGUACGGUUACAGUAUGGCCCUGAAGCUGAAGACUACCCUAGGUCUCCUGAAUGUGUUCCAUUACCUAUAAGACUACCUUUUACAGCUGAUUUAGAGAGAAAAGGAGCGAUCAAAACCUGAGAGGGACUUGACCCACCCUUGCUGGCUCUGAAGAUGGAGGAAGGAUGCCCUCUAUAACUUAGAAAUCAGAAAAAGAGGCUGGGGAUUUAGCUCAGUGGUAGAGCGCUUACCUAGGAAGCGCAAGGCCCUGGGUUCGGUCCCCAGCUCCAGAAAAAAAAAAAAAAAAAAAAAAAAAAGAAAUCAGAAAAA